AUGCUUCUUUAUGACUUCUUCGGCUGCCUACGCAAGUCAAAAACGGUACAAGACAUUUUCUGGAACUCUCGCCUUUGGCUGGGCAAUGUGAUGUUCGGUGCCGGAAAUUAUACCACAUAUGUCCGUUGCAUUGGCAUCACAUUAAUUUCAGUGCAUAGAUAUGUUACUAUAGUGCAAUGCAGAACGAAGUUGGAAAAGCUGCUGGACAGCAUUCCAUCGUUUGUGCUUGUAAUGCUGCAAUGGUGCGUCGCACUUGUGAUGGUGGCACCAAUAAUGAGGUCGCUGGAUGUAACUUUUAACAAGAAAGAUAUGGAACUGGUGAUACCACAACAUUUGGCUGCUCUUGCCAAUCUCAUCUCAUUCAUUUCGGCUAUGGUUUUAUUUCUUAUCUCAAUUUUAUGCUACAUUCUUCUUCUUAUUCAUGUCAGCAGAGCUUCUAUCAACAGAGUAAAACGACAAGAAACCCGACUUGCUAUCCAAGUUACGGCACCAAUAUUUGGUCUUCUACUAGUGUUCAUCUACAAUAUAGGACAACAUUUCCUGCGACAAAUAGCCUGGGACACGUUCCUAUUCAGCUGGACAGAGAUGUUUCCAAUAAAUAACUUAGUCAUGUCCUGUGCACCGGUAUGGACGUACUUUUUUUUUAACACAGAUCUGAGACGCAGAGUAAUGGCGCUGCUAACAAUAAGACGACAAAAAACAGGGGCAGAGAUGAUGCAGCAACGUCAGCAUUCUUCUUGGAAUUGAUGGCACGGCGUUGGUCUACAGAUCUACAGACAGGAUAUUUGUUCUGCCAAAAC